CGCUUUAUCCUGACGUCAAAACCCCGCGCCAGGCUGAUUAGCUAGCUGAGUAAGGAGUUCUCGGAGGUUCGGAGUUAAGGUCCAGUAACCGUCAGCUGAUUUUUACCCGAACCGCAGAGACAUCAGGUAGGAAACACACUUUUCUCUUUAAUCAGAUCUUAUUUGACGGCAGGACAUAAGGCUUAAUCAGUGUUUCCGGUCAGAUCGAGUUAGCUGCUCAUACCGCGCUGUAAUAGUUCUGAGAACACGUCACACCAAAGUCCUUUUAAAUAACACCAAAAACGAUUUAAAAUGCUUUAAAAAUACACAAAAUGGCAUUAAAAAUCAAAGUUAAUCUAAACAAUGAACUGUCAAGAACCACACUUUAAUUCGGCUUAUCUUAUUAACAGUUGGGAACAUUUAAUCACCAUAAAUGCAGAUUUAGUGUCUUUUUGGCCUCAUAUAUGAAGUCAUUAUUUCGACUAUGUGAGUCAGCGGGAAUCGGUGAGGGUGAUUUUAAAGUGUCAGAUUAUUAAAGGAGUUUCUGCCCGAUGAGUCAAAUAAACACCAUGCUGAAGUUAGUGUAUCAUUCGUUUGUUCUGAUCCGGUUGUUAAAAGGAAGAUUAUAAUAAUAAUUAUAAAGAUUGACUGUUAACUUCAAUGCUGGGAGAGAAAACAGAUAAGAAGGAACUAUAACUCUUUCAGUAUUUAGUUAAAAUUUUCUCUUCUAAGUUUACAGUUUCACUGAUACAGCAGCAUUAUUAAUAGUGCAAUAAUUACAAUAUAUUACCACUGCUGCUAUGUGAAUGCUACCUCAAUAUUAUACACACACACACAUAUAUAUAAAUAUAUAUGUAUAUAUAUAUAUAUCACUUAAUAUAUAUUUCCUUUUCUAUUCUUGUGUAUACUAUAUUAAUUUUCAUUGCAUUGUCUUCUCUGCUCUAGAUAAUUUUAUCUUGUAUAUAGUCUGUACCUUUUCUUUUUUUUUCUAACAACUAUUUUUGUAAUGUAAAUUUUUCAUGUGUUGUGCUGAAAAUGGAGAAACUCUCCAAUCUCGUUGUUCCUUCUGAAUAAUGACAAUAAAGGACAUUCUGGUUCUGAUUCUGUGUGAAAAGAAAGGGUGUCCUCUGUAGACCAGAUCUGACCCAUUCAAAGGUCUUAAGGGGGUUUGGAUCAGGACCUUGUUGUCCAAAUUCUCCCCAGCUGACUCUGAAGCUUCUAAUGAGAAACCAACUUCAGCAUCCACAGUUUCCAAAAGCAGCUAGCAUUCUUUCCAUGCUACCAAACAAACCCCUCAGUGACAUGACAGUUAUACAACUCAGCCCCACCAGAAGGACCUUUAAAGGAGGAUUCCGUCUAAUUUCAUCUUCCAGUGAGGUUGAGUUGAAGUGAAACUACAGCAGAGCAGGUGUGUGGUGUUUUUGGCUCUUUGUUCCUGUGCUAGAAGGCUAAUAGCAGCUAGCUAACUCAGUUUCUGAAACAUGACCUCAGGUUCAGACUGACCUCCUCAGAAUCAGCAGCACUGCUUUGACCCGCAGCGAUCAUCCGCCUCCCGUUGGUGCCCAGAGUCGGGUCCAGGUGUUUGGUCAGAACCAGAACAGUGACUCUUUCUCCUGUGUCUGUGUUCCUUUAGUCUGUCUGAUCAAACUCUGUUCUGAUUAGGGCUCAGCGAUAAAACAAUAACAACAUAUAUCCAAAAUGAAUUUCAAUUAAUUUCCAGGUCCGCUUCACACUGAACCAAUCAUGUUCUGAAUUAGAACCAAGUAUCAACCAACUGCAGCGUCGUAGCAGACAGCAGCUCCACCCAACCAUAGCACUUUAACAGGUGAAGCCGACAGCACUGUUGGUGAGAAACAAAGAAAAUGAGUGCUACCCCCGACAGAAAUGACCAUGAAGGCUCAACAGAUGACCACAUCAAUGUCAACCACAACACUGGCGUUAGGAAAACGUCGGUGGUGUGGAGGUAUUUUGGUUUUUGGAGGUCGGACAUGAAGCAGAGUAAUGUGGACUGUAAAUUAUGUGGAGUACAUGUUCUCACAAAGUCGGGGAAUACCUCAAAUCUUUUUCACCACCUGAAGCAGCGCCACGCCGCAGAGCACGCGCAACGCAAAAGGUUACAAACCCCGAGAGGAGCGAGGAGCCCAUGGCGCCUGAAACAGACGACCAUUCAGUCGGCUUUCUCUAGAGCGACGCCUUACGACAAAACGCCAAAGAGACACAAAGACCUCACAGAUGCAGGAGAUUAUUGUGUUGGAAAAGACAUGAGACCAAGAAACACUGUUAGAUUUUUAUAUCCUGAUAUUGAUCCAUAUCAGCUGAUAGGAAAUCAAUAUAUCCUGAUAAACUUUUUCCCGUAUCGCCCAGCCCUAUUUGUAACACUCAUUUCCACUGUUCUUUGUUCCUCGUCUUAAAUCCGAGUUUCUAACUCAGGUCUUCUUCGUCGGUGUCGUCCUGUUUCUUUUGAACCCAAACUGAACUGAGUUGUAAUUUCCUAACUUCCUUGUUUUCAGGGUCUCUCUCACUCCGUGACCACAGAGAGGUCUACACCUCCAUCAUCAUGACAGACAACAAACGCCUCGCUUUUUCCAUCAUCCAGUUCCUCCACGAUCAGCUGCAGUCAGGGAAUCUGACCUCAGGCGCUCAGGAGAGUCUGGAAGGUGAGGCGUCCUUCAGGCCGAUAAUGACCUGCUGUGGUACAGAGAGAGAGGACGGAUGAAGAGUCUAUAGGCCAUAUAUGAGCAGGACAUACAGACGAUAAUAACUGUGUUUACAGGAGAGAGAGGGAGGGAGGGAGGGAGAGAGAGAGAGAGAGAGAGGGAGGGAGGGAGAGAGGAGAGAGAGAGAGAGAGAGAGGGAGAGAGAGAGAGAGGGAGAGAGGGAGAGGGAGAGAGAGAGAGAGAGAGAGAGAGAGAGAGAGAGAGAGAGAGAGAGAGAGAGAGAGAGAGAGAGAGAGAGAGAGAGAGAGAGAGAGAGAGAGAGAGAGGGAGAAACAGGAGGGAGAGAGAGAGAGAGAGAGAGAGAAACAGGAGGGAGAGAGAGAGAGAGAAACAGGAGGGAGAGAGAGAGAGAGAGAGAGGGAGAGAGGGAGGGAGAGAGAGCGAGAGACAACAGGACUGAGACAGUAAACACAGACAGUAACAGUCAGUAAAAACAGACUGACAGACACUAACAGACAGUCACAGACAAUAAACACAGACAGUCACAGACGGUAACAGACAGUAAACACAGACAGUCACAGACGGUAACAGACAGUAAACACAGACAGUCACAGACGGUAACAGACAGUAAACACAGACAGUCACAGACGGUCACAGACAGUAAACACAGACAGACGGUUAUAGACAUUCAGACCGUAAAUAACUGACAGUCACAGAAAGUAACAGACACAGACAGUAAAAGACAGUCACAGAUGGUCACAGACAGUAAACACAGACAGACAAUAAACAGACAGUACCAGACAAUAAACACAGACAGUUACAGACAAUAAACACAGACAGUUACAGACAGUAAACACAGACAGUCACAGACGGUAACAGACAGUAAACACAGACAGUAACAGACAGUUACAGACAGUAAACACAGACAGUCACAGACGGUAACAGACAGUUAACACAGACGGUAACAGACAGUCUGUGGUCAGUCAGCAGGUUGAAGUUUAAAUCUUCUCGAAGUCUCUGAGUUGAUCUCCUGAUCGGUUGUAAACAGCUGUUCAGUUUCAUGGAUCAGAUGGUCAGCUGAUCUUCUCUGUUGGUCUUCACUGAGAGGUUGUUCCUCACUAACUCAGACCUCCUCUCUGAUAAACCAGCUUAUCUCUCUCUCUCUCCACACUCUCCAUAACGCUCGGUUCGCUCGCUCUCCUUUAGUUGCUGUUCAGUGUUUGGAGACGGCGUUUGAAGUUUCCACUGACGACCAGAGCCUCGCCGUCCCCAUGACGUUACCGGAGAUCUUCGCCUCCGCCACAGCCAAGGUAGACUCUGAGUGUCAGGUGAAGGAGGACGUCUGAGAGUGUGUUUCUACGUUUGCCAGAAUAAGGUUCUGACUCUCGAUUUUUGUGUUGCAGCUUCCAGCAGAGUCACAGGUCAACAACAACUCCACCCAGAACUCGCUGACAGAGGAACAACGAACCGAGGCCGAGACGCUCAAAACCGAAGGUAAACGCCGCCGUCCCGCUUCUUCAUGUUCGAGCUGCUUCUGCCUCCAUCAUGUCCGUCUCAGAGCUCAUCUCUGCUGGGUUUCUCUGCAGGAAAUGACCAAAUGAAGGUGGAGAACUUUGGAGCAGCCGUCGAGUUUUACUCCAAGGCCAUCGCCAUCAACCCUCAGAACGCCGUUUACUACUGCAACAGGUCAGUGAGGCGCCAGAGGGAGAGAAAGACAGCUGUUAGAGACAGGAGGUCAGACUCCUGAACGUCUCCUAAAAGGUCGUAUCCUCCGAUCGUAGCUGAUCGUAAACAUCUGCGGAUCGCCGGACUCCUCAGCUGAUCUAUUUUUUCUGGACGCCGGAGCAUGGCGGAUAAAUUCAGCACAGAUUAACCCGUGCUGGAAAGGAAGUCAGGAUCUGGUAGGAAUUGGCGUAGGGCGAAAAAUGCCGCCGUUCUUGUUGCGGUGGAAAUUCGGGGUCAGUCCGACUUCUCCACAGAGGGUGAGAGCAGCCGUCAGUCAGUCAGCUCUCAAUUUUAGUCGAGGAUUUGAUGUAACUGUAGAAAAACAUAAUGGGACUGAAAACAGGGAGAGUGUGUGUGUGUGUGAGACCACAGAGCUGAUUACAGACACAGACCGGACCCUCCCGUCAUGUCUGGUCCCGUCAGCAGGUCCACGCCCUGUUUUAUCUCAGCUGCAGAUGUUAGCAGAUGUUCUCCUGCAGCUCCUCCGUCACACUGACAGUCUCUGUGUUUAAAGGGUUAAACUGUGACCUGCUGAAGAAGCACAAGAUGGUCAUAAGUGUUGAAGAGUCUGAACAUGAGUGUCUGUAAAACAAAGAGGCUCUUUGACUCACACAGGCUGAUUUCUCUGAACCUGGACUCAGAGCUGAUCUGGUUUUGUUUGUUCCCUGCAGGGCCGCCGCCUACAGCAAACUGGGGAACUACGCCGGAGCCGUGCAGGACUGUGAACAGGCCAUCAGCAUCGACCCCAACUACAGCAAAGCCUACGGGAGGAUGGGGUACGAGACCGGGGCCGGGGGGGGGGUCUUUAUCACAUUUAUGUCUGUAGAAACUGAAGCGUGGGUUUAUGAUAAUAAGGUCCAAUGAUAAGAGGGUCCAGGUCCCUGAGAGGGGGGUCCACUGGAGCCAGAGAUGAUUAUUUCUGAACCCGCGGUAACAGGAGGAACUGUCAGAGUGUAGCCGUCCAAAGAGCGGCAUUAUUUAGAAGAUGACCUCGGUGCAAAAAUGCAGGAAUGAACUACACGAAGACAGAAUCAAGCUGGCAGCCUCUCACGGGAUUUUAUUCUGGUCACAGCAUCAAACACAGCUCAUGAACAAAUCGAACAGACAGAACCCAGAACAGAAAACCACAGAUCUCUUAUAGUACUCCAUUGACGUCACUGAUCUCAACUUUUGCCAAAUGUGUGUGCGAAGCUACCUUCGUGUGUGUAUCACUUUCCCGUGGGAAAGCUCCCUACGUGACUUCUCCCUUGCCCCUAUCUCUGAAGCCAAAUUCCUGUUAUUGCAACACAUGUCGUGGUGCGUUCACUGUCUCCUCUCUGCGUUCCAGGUUAGCUCUGGCCAGCCUCAACAAACACACAGAAGCUGCCAGUUACUAUAAGAAAGCUCUGGAGCUGGACCCCGACAACGACACGUACAAGACCAACCUGAAGAUCGCCGAGGAGAAGAUGGAGACGUCCAGCCCGGUAAGACCAGAGGAGACGCUCAGCUGACCUGCUGUGACGGCUCUGUACUCAUGUCGCUCUCUCGCUCUCUCGCUCUCUCUCUGUCGACCACAGACGGCGGGGAUGGGCGGCGUGGACCUGGCGGGUCUCCUCAGUAACCCCGGCUUCAUGAACAUGGUGAGGUCUCAGAGCGUCAGAGCUGAUCGUCCUCCUCUGUCUCUGGUCUUUGUUCUUGACUCUGUCCUGUUUGUGUGUCCUCAGGCGUCCUCUCUGAUGAACAACCCUCAGGUCCAGCAGCUGUAAGUCCGUCCCCCUCUCUUUGACCCUUUUUUCUUCUUCUAUGGUUUCUUUGGGGUUAAAGUUUCUGUCAUGUCUUCUCCUCCAGGAUGUCGGGGAUGAUGUCAGGAGCGUACGGUGGAAUGGGAGGAGGAGGAGGCGGAGGAGGAGGAGGAGCUGCAGCAGCAGCAUCAGCACCAUCAGCAGCAUCGGCCCCUGGACCUGCUGGUGCUGCUGGACCCGGAGAUUUAUCAGGACUGAUCCAGGCGUACGUACCUGAGCGGAGGUCGUGUUGUUGGAUGAUGAUGUUGCGGCGUCGCUGAUGUUUUUCUCCGUUUGUGUCGCAGAGGUCAGCAGUUCGCUCAGCAGAUGCAGCAGCAGAAUCCUGAACUCAUCGAACAGCUGAGGAGUCAAAUCCGCAACCGAACGCCCAGCGCCGGGAACGAGGAGCAGCCAUGACACCCAGAACACACAGUGAGUGUGACAGGAAGUGAUCCAGGAAACGCACACAGAGUUUAGUUCCUGAUCCAGUGGAGUCUGGUCCUGAACAGAUGUGGGUCUGAUGGUGUCCAGCAUCUGUGGAGACUUUUCAGAUACAAACACGUUAUUAUCAUCUGUUCAUUUUCAAAACACGAAGGUCCUCCACAUCCAACUCAGGGCAAAAAACUUGAUCAGAGAUUUUCUCCGUGACCUCACGUCCAUUUAAAGGGAUAUUCCGGCGUAAAAUUUAAUUUAGUUUAUGUCAGAAUAUCCCUUUUAAGGUGAUCAUUUUCUGGAUUUAGGCUGAUGUUGUCACAACAGUCUGCUUUAUUUUGGCGGUGUCUAACCCUUCACUUCCUGUCUGUGUUUCAGGUUGGACAGGUGUGUGUGUGCGUGUGUGUGUGUGCGGAGGAGAACAGCUCAUUGGGAUAACUCGAAGGACUCAGAGGAAGUUUGUUUUUUUUGUUCCAUCACUGAAUAUUUUCUUCUGCACGAGGAGACGCUGCUGCGUUCAGGAUCCACGUCACCAAAAAAAAGACAAACAAACAAACACUCACUUCCUGCGGCUCUGUGUGGUUUUUAGGAAGAAGAUUUUGAAGUAACACUUUAAUAUAAAUCCUAACUUUGAAUCUCGCUCUGAUAGAAUUAUAGACCUGACCAGUUAAAACAUUAAAAACACAAACUUGAAAUUUCUUCUUAAACCUACACAGUGUAACUUUACAUGUUUGUCCUGAACCGUGUUUAUGAGGAGUGUGUGUGUGUAUGUGUGUGUAUGCCUGAUCAGAUGUGUGUGUGUGAGUGUGUGUAUCGGGGUGAGUUUAGAGAGAGUUGUUCAGUCUUGAAAUUAAAAAAGCAUCUCAACAUUUUACCCCCUC